AUGAAGUUAUCUACCGCUUUUCUCACUACUUUAUUGGCCUCCUCCGUGUGUGUCACUUCGUCCCCUCUUGCCGUUCCUGAUGCUGCAGAUCUCGUUGGUGACAUUGAUAGCUUGAAUGCCGCGUUGGCCUUGUUGAAAAACUACGAGGCGACGCACUUGCAAAAGCGUGACGCCGUAGUGGAAAAGAGAGCCCCUUCGUUGCUUAAUAAUUCCUUUACUCAGUCAAUUAUCAACUCUAUUAUAACGUCGUUGAAAAACUCCGGGUUGAUCACCUCAACAAUUCAAUAUAUCCUUUCUGACCCUACUUUGAAGGCUGAUACAUUGACUAUCGUAACCGAGUUACUUCAGGCCGGGGUUCUCAGCCCAGCCGAGGUAGCUGCUCUUGCUAGCAACUUGACUUAA